AUGGCACCCUCAGAAGAGUCUAUUCUGAGCAAUUUCUUGCUUACCCCAUCACCAUUGCCUACUGUGCUUUCUUUGCAAAAAUUUACAGAGUUAUUUCCUAAGCGUCUGAGAAAACAUCCACAUAUUCGAGCAUUGUACCGAGAGUUGCAACAUGCACGUGAACAUGAUUUGGAUCAGGUGAAUGAGAACAUCGACAUGGAAAUUCAGCAAGGUGAACGUCAAAAAGCAGAGCUCCGAAAGGCCAUCCUCAUAGCUGGUUUCAAAGCAGCAAAUGAUGAGGAGCAACGGGAGAUGGAUCUAGAUCUUCAUUUGUUUGGGCAAAAUACAGCAGAUUCUGAAGAUUAUCAUUCAACUGAAAGCCUCCUGGCUGAGAUGGAGGCAGCUUGCAGUCAUAUUGAGCGAGAAAUUGCAAGUGUGGAUCAAGAGGCUGCAGAUCUGAUGAAGAAGCUGAAUACUACUGUUGGAGAUCUGAGUGAUCUUCGCUAUGGAAAAUUCCCAGGCCCAGGUUCAGCUAGCGAUGUGGCUGAGGAAGCUAUCAAGGGUCUACAACAUUUGGAGGAUACUUGCUACCAAAAGACUAUGCCUGGAGCUUCUUGA